AUGGCCGCUGCCUUCCGCUUCGGUCACCUUCUGGGUUUCUGCUGCAGGGCCAGACCCCCUCCUCCCCUCCCACGCGGCCUUCCACAUCAUCGUGUUCUCGCCUCCCCCUCUCGCCAUGUGUCGCGAAUACCCUGUUGCUGGGCUUCCAUCUCCCACCUUGCUGACGGAGGUACGGGGUUCCAUCGUGAAAUCAUCCUCUGUUCACCCCGGGGAUCUCAGGAUGAUAACCCAUUGAUCUUUCUCUCUCUGUCUUUCAGCUGAGACUGUUCUUACAGGUGACCGGUUAGUUCUCACCAAGGAUGAACGCUCGGCAUCUUUGGGGACCCGGAGUGGGGAGGGUGAGGAGGAGGGGGACUACCUGGUGGACAGUUCCAGUACCAUCGCCGCCAUCGUGACAUCGCUGGGCGGAGGUCCCGCUGCGGUGGGAAUUGUGCGGCUCUCUGGACCAGCGGCAGUGUCUAUUGCCGGCCAGGUGUUUCGCCCGGCGAGGGUUAGGAAGUCCGACGACAAUGGGAUCGCCUGCUGGAGGCCCACGAGCCACUUCGUGGAAUACGGUGUGGCCUUGGACCUUCAGGGGAACGUCAUCGACGAGGUGAGUUCUUGUUCUGUGAAUUUCGGACGAGGCGUUUGCGUUUUACAUCUGGUUUCCAUUUCUUGGUUGCGUUUAGUCCAGAGCUUUUUUGCAUUGAAGAGCUUCUUGGCUUCGAAUCUGUACAUCACGUGAGUUUUUUAAUCAACAUAGUUUUCAAAGUAUCAUUUCAGAAGUGUGUUGAUUUUUUUAUCAAGAACUUUUAUUCAUUGGCAGCCAUCAUCAGAUAAUGAAUUAAUAUUUUAUUUUUUACUUAAAUCCUAUAUGUCUUGCUAUUUUUUCAACAAAUUAUUACCAGUGCGCGUCAUUAUGUAGCUAUGAAUAGUUUUGAUGGGUUCCAAUUGGCACAUUUAAACCUUUAUUUACUUACACAUUUUUUACACUCGGUUCUAUCCAACAUGCGAUAAAUGGGCUAUUUUUCACCAACCUCUAAUUCGAUUACUUUGAACGAAGCUGCAAUUUUGGAGUCCUACUUUUCUCAUAGUUCAAGGUGCUGCAUCAGUAUCUCCCAUUGAAAAGAUUUUGCAGUGGGUAUUGCAUGAUAUGUUUGGGUAUCUAUAUAUAGAAGAGAUCUGGGAUAAUCUAAGGCCCUGGAUUUUGGGUACAUUUUGGCUCUGGAUUGCUCUUUUUAGGGCUCAUGUCAUGUGGGAGUGGGUGUCAAGGCUUCGACCCUCAGUUUCUUACUAUUUCCUAUUGUAAUCUAGUGUAUUUCCUUCUCUCCUUUUUUAAAUUUUAUAUUAAUUUUAUUUAUUUAUUUGGCUAGGGGGGCCAAUGGAGGCCUUUAGGGGAUGAAGAUGUAGAAUACCAUGGAUUAAUUCAUUUACACUUAAUAUUAUAGAGUCCCAGCUGCCUUGAAGUGAAGUACUUGGGAUAUAAGGUGCUAUUAGGAUAUCAUAAAUGAAAGAGAAAGAAUACGAAAAAACAUAGGGGAGAAAAUAAUACAAAACAAAUCUCUUAUGUUUGCUAAUGCACGAUAACGUUUACUUCCCCUGUUGAUCUAUGUAUUCCCUUGAAUCCAUCUAAAAUCACUGCAAAAAACAUAAAGCAUAGAUAGUUUCUGGGGUUCAACUUUUACCAUUAAGGUCAUCAUGUUCACCAAGAAGCACAUAUAUUUUAUUUAUGUUCGACUUAGAUUGCCAAUGUUCUAAGUUCAUCUGAGAGUUUGGAAAACUAUUUGCAUUAUAAUUGCUUUCACUUAUUAAGUCUUGUUUAUGAAGUAAUUUUCUCUGAAGGAAAGAUGCCUUUAUCAAAUUGACUUGUAAUCAUUUAAAAGAACUACUGCAUGAACCUUUUUUAUUUACAUCAUUUCAUGGACCCAGUUGAAUGUCACAAUAGAAUAAUAAUAUACAUUAUGACGACCACCUGUCAAGCUCUUUUCCAGAUUGGUUUUCUGAGGAAAACUUUCUGAACUUAUUGUACUUUCCUUAUUUGGUCUAAUACUAAUGGUGAAUGUCUACUGUUUGUGCCUUUUAAUAUCCAAUUGAUCAAAAUCCAAUGCAUUAAAUGUUGACAAUUAUAUUUCUCUGUGCUUACUUCAACAUUCCAUUGACGUCAUGCUCCUUAGAUAUCAUGAAAAUGACGUAAAUGUUUUGAAAGGCAUUCCUGUGGGGGGGCAUUUGUUUAGAAUAUGGCUGAAAGGAGAUAGAUUGACACCUAAUAGUCAAAGGCUUUCUACGUCUCUAACAUCUACAGCAUCACUUUUUUGCAUGUUUAUUUACAUUCUUUGUACUAGUGAGAUUUUUUGAUCUUCUAGAAUGAAAAUGACUCGAUUGCCUGACCGGUUUUAAAACUCCAUUUCUUUUACCAUUUGACUUCAGGAGACUGGUACCUACUUAUUGCUCAUUUCCCCCUUACUUUCUGUUUCUUUAUCUCCGCAAUCAAAUGGGAAUGACUUUGCUUGAACAGAGUGAAACAUAAAUGUUUUAGUCCAUCUUAUUUUCUUUCAAUAAUUUUCUGGGGAUACUUCAAUUGAAGCGUUAGGUCUCUAAACAAUGUAGGGUAGUCCAGAGGAUAGUUAUUACAGUUGGUACACAGAAUUUUGUUAUCCUGUUUGAUUUGCCUGAGCGUUUCGAAGGGAGGGAUGUUGCCUUGGCAUUCAUGGCAGGUUAUUUUGAUCAGUUUUGAUGAUGGAUUUGAUCAAGCAGGGACUAUUAACCAACGCAAAUAAAUGAUCUUUUUUUUUAUCAUUAGGAUCUAGAUUAUUCUAUGUUUUUCUUGUUGACUCCUCUCUCUUCCACGUGCACAGGUCUUAGCGAUUCCUAUGUUGGCACCAAGGUCUUACACUAGGGAAGAUGUUGUGGAGCUCCAAUGUCAUGGAAAUGAUAUAUGCUUGCACCGUGUGUUAAGAGCUUGCUUGGAGGCUGGCGCUAGACUUGCUGAACCAGGUUAUCUAUUUUAAUCAGAUAUUCCUUACUUUGUUUGAAUAGACUUUUCACUGAAGUGGACAUGGCAGAAAAUAGAUGUACUGAAUGUGAUUCUUGUUUUAUCCCCUGUCGGAUAUUCAGGUUCCACUUGGAUCUAUUGUCCUUUCUGGUAAGACAAUGUCACGAUUGCACCUUCUACCGAAAUAGUGAUUCACAUAGUGAAGAAAGUGUUAACUGUAAUGAGUGGUAGAAUCAUGUGGUGUUAAUGCAGUUUGGUCACGAGUGCAUAUCCAAAUUGAUCAUUCUAAGGCCCAUUUGGCUAGAAUCAUGAUUUUUAUGUUGAAAAUUCAAAAAGAAAAAAAAUCUGGUGUUGAUCUGAUAUUUGAUAAGGAUCUGGCAUCCAACUUGGCAGAAGGUAAUCAAAAUUUGGUUAAAGAAUAAAAUAAAUCCAUGUCAUUAUGAUUUCUAAUGAUAUGUGAAUACUUUUAAUUAUUUUCCUGCGUCUAGUACAUGGGAAUUGAUCUGGUUGUAAGAAAUAUUAAUAUCAAUCUUGCAUCAACAAUCUCUGUAGCUCAUUUGUAUAGAUACACAUCUAACAUUCAACAUUUUCAAUCUUCCCAAAGGAAAGGGUAGGUGUUUAUGCUUCCUGAGUGACUUUUUUCCUAGUGUGGAAAACUCUCGGAACCUUAGACCCUUAAUGUUUAGGAUAUGUACUAUUUUCGUUCUCUAUCAUAACGCAUAAGCUAAUCUUAUUCAGAUUUAGUUUUAGUUUUUUCAUUUCUUAGAGUUUGAACCCGUCCCCGGCUGCCACCAGGCUCAAGAAACUCUCAUAAUCCCCAAGUUUUUGUUCCAAUCAUACGUCAUUUCCAUCCCUCUGUUCAACUACAGCUCUGGUAGUGCUCUUUGGUUGAAGUCAACAUGAAUCCGUGGUCAGCCAUCAAGGGAAUCAAUUCAUGUCUAUGGUGCAUGCGCGUGCUGUGGAAGGGAUUGCUUCAUUUUUCGUGUAUUUUUACUACUUUUCAACCAAAAGCUGUGUUAAAGCGCCGUGUAUGUAAUUCAGAUUGAAACAAAAUGUUCAGUUCAUACAUUUGGGAUAUUGCUUUUAAUGAAGGUCUAAAUGCGGGUCUUAUUUAUCACCAUUUUGGACUUUUAUUGCAUGUUUUCUUAAAGUGAUGAUGUUCAUGAAUCAGGUGAGUUCACUCUCCGGGCAUUUCUAAAUGGACGCUUGGACCUUUCACAAGCAGAAAAUGUUGGAAAACUUGUAUCGUCCAAGUCUAUAGCUGCAGCGGACUCUGCAUUGGCUGGGAUCCAGGUAUGCACGUUGUUUCAUCAAUAUCUCCCAACCUUGUGGUUUUUCAUUGCGGAAAUGAAGGCUAAUCGAUACCUUCUUCCUUGGAAUAGCUUUUUGCUGCUUGGUCUGUUGGUCAAUGACGGUUCAUAUCUUCAUAAAAUGUCUGAUAAUUAGUCAUUGUAUUUUCCUUCUCUCAAUAUAGGGUGGGUUUUCUUCUGUGGUCCAAUCAUUGCGACGGCAAUGCAUCGAGUUGCUUGUAGAUAUUGAAGCCCGCUUGGAUUUUGAUGAUGAAAUGCCUGCCUUAGACACAGGCCAUGUUAUCCGCACUAUAGAUGGAAUGUGGAAAGAUGUGCAGCAGGCAUUGGAUACUGCAAGUUAUGGCAGACUUCUUCAAUCUGGACUUCAGGUAUUACUCUGAUGGGGAUUUAGUUGCAAAUUUUUGCAUACAAAUAUCAUGGAGAGUGGAAUCCAAUCCAUAAAUCAGUGACUAAAAGAAUAGAAAAGGCUUUUAUUGUGUCACUUGAGUUAUAUAAGAAUUCCUGAAUCCACGAAUUAAGAAUUACAAGUUGUUCAUUACCCAGGGCUAGCAGUGCGCCCUCAUCAGGCCGAUCCCCUAAUGUGGUAGCAACUUAAGCGGUUGCAAGAGCAAAUGGCCGAAUUGCCAUAUAAACUGUCUCUCAGGGGUAAUAUGUAGUUUAAUUUUUGUUGUUGUACCAAGUAGGUAGGCUAUAUUAUGAAGAGAAAAUAAAUAUUUGGAGACAAAAAACUGAGUUUUGGUAUGAACUCAGAUUUUUAUUUUUAUGAUGACCUUUAUUCUUGAUCAUCUACCCAUCUGCAGUGCACUUUAGAUCAUCCAUUGUACAUCUGAUGCAAUAGGAAUACCAGUUAUCUUCUUUCAACAACAGUUUUCUUCAUUUUGCCCUUCAUACAAAGGACUCAUCCUCUUUCAUUGAGCAUCCUUCAAGUUGCCAUUUUUAGGAUGGUUUGGAUUGUCUGGGCACAAUGUGAGCUUGAUCAGGACCAAAUAACCCAAGAAUCAGGUUAUUUUGCCUUUCAACUGUGGUCUGCACAUAUUGUAUGUAUACAUAAAUUGUAUACAUGGAAAGCGGUAAGAGUAUAUGUUUCCCUUGAAAAUAGGUUGACACAGGUCAGUUACAAUUUGAAUAGGAGAAUGUAGGUGCUAUGAUCAUGGUCAGCAAUAUAUGAUCUAAUAAGAAGAAAGGGUUUCCUAUCCUCUCUUAAAAUUUACUAAAAAAUAUAAAUAUAUAUAAUCAUCCAGAAAAUCUGCUGAUGACAGUUGGGAUGGCCUUUCCCAGCCGGAUUGGGGAAGAGAAGGAAGAGAGACUAUUGAUGAAGAGAAAGACAGCGGGAGGGGGAGAUGAAUGAUAUGGAGCAAAUGCAACUGAAUGCCGAUAAUUGACUUCUGCCACUGCCUGUAGACUCCGUUCCCCCACUUUUAAAACUUAAUAUCAGUUAUAUAUUUUAUUUCAUGUGUAUUUAGAUGUAUGAAAAAGAACCUACGACUUUAAUUUUCUAGAACUGUGAACCAAAAUAUUUGGCCAUUCGUAUCUUGAUCCAUGGGUCUAUGGCCCUAACGUUUUCAGAUAUCCGACCUGAUCUCCUAGGUUGUAUUUCACAGUACCCAUGGUGAUUUCUUCUUCAGCUGCCCGUCAAUCAUAAUUAUAAAUCAACUUUUUCAUGCUGCUUCUGUGUUGUUCUCUCCUCAUGACAACAGCAGAAGCCUGUUCAUUUGUGUUCUGAACUAAUUUUGACUUGAUACUUAUUUCGAAUUUCUCAGGUAACAAUAAUUGGCCGACCCAAUGUUGGAAAGUCAAGUCUCCUCAAUGCCUGGAGCAAAGUAGGUUUUCUAAGCGUAAUAUAUUCCUAUUUAUAAUUUAUUCUCUCUUCUUUUGCCGCUUUCAUUGCCUUGAGCUCAAUAAAACUUAGUUUUCUUUAUCAUCAUCAUCAUCACUGGCCGUCUUAUAAUGGUACGAUUAUAGUGGCUUCUCCUUGAUGGGGAGCCAUUACAUCUUCUGAAAUUGGUUUCGUAAGAUACUUAUUUAAUAUUUUUUUAUAUAAAAAAAAAGAAUUUACAAACUAGGUAUGAUUUUAAAAAAAUUGAAACUUCUGAAAUAGAUAUUUUUGAUGGGAUACGAGGAGGCAUGGGCAAUUUCAAUUUGUUGGACUUGAAAUCCUGGGGAAUGAAUUCAUUUCGGUUCAUACUUGAUUAUCAGUGAAUUAGUAUCCAUACCCUGCCUCAUUGAGUUCAUUAUUUUGAACUAGUAUGCAGAGUGAUAGAGCAAUCGUUACUGAAAUCGCUGGAACCACAAGGGAUGUUGUCGAAGCCAAUGUCUCUGUUCGCGGGAUUCCUGUCACUCUCCUGGAUACUGCUGGCAUCAGAGAAACAGAUGAUGUGGUGGAAAGGAUUGGUAAGUUGAUAUUUAUGAAUUGUGACCCAUAGUUGAUAGCGAUUUUUAUUUAAUUUUAAUUUUAUGUUAACAGUUGCCCAUCAAGUUUGCUUCAAUAAAUUUGACUCAAAACUGAUUUUGAAAAAUUAUUUCCUUGGUCAGGGGUUCAGAGAUCUGAAGCAGCUGCUGUGGGUGCGGAUGUCAUCAUCAUGACAAUCAGUGCUGUAGAAGGCUGGACUUCCGAUGAUGAGAAACUUGUUCAGCACAUCCAGGCCUGCCCCCAAUCCACCGCCUUGUUUUCAGGACAAAAUCUUGACAAGAUUAGUCUUAAAAUUUCUUAAUCUUUCUUUACCCAAAAAGGAUGAAAUUAGUAGAAGCUUUCAACUUAGAAUAUCGGCAUUGUUAUUUUAGCAUACUGAAAUUUUAUGAAUUUCAUAAAAUUUCUUAAUCCUUCUAGUGAUUUCUGCAUCCAAGGAUAUUAAAUUUCUCUUAAAUGCUGGUAGCAUGAUCUUAUUUACUUUAUAUGCUUUCUGUUUGGACAGAGAUCGACGGGUUCCGCCACGCCGAUGAUUCUUGUCACGAACAAAAUUGAUAGCCUGGUGUCAGCUCCCAUCUCUGCCAGACCCACUCAGCUUGAAGGGAACUACUUCAAGAAGCAUGUCCUCACAUGCGCCGUGACGGGGCAAGGUGUGGGGGAGUUGGAGGAGGCGAUACUUGACGUCAUUGGCAUUGAACCAAUCCCAUCCGGCGGUCGGAAAUGGGCAACAAAUCAGGUAGGUGCUACUUUCCUAAUUACGCAACCAACUGUUCCUCAGUAUUUCUCAUAUUAUUUCUAUUUUUUGGAAACUGGAUGCGCCAAGAUUAAUCCCAUGGUUUUUAUAUCAUUGGUGGGUAGAUUUCUCAUGCAUGGAUCAAUUUGUCUGAUUUUAUUAUCAUUAUUAUUAUUAUUAUUACUGAUAUUUUCUCUGUUAUUAUUAUCAUCAUCAUCAUCAUCAUCAUCAUUUUCAGAGGCAGUGUGAGCAUGGAUCAAUUUGUCUGGUUUUUUUAUUUAUUAUCAUCAUUAUUAAUAAUACUGAUAUUUGCUCUAUUAUUAUUGCCAUUAUCAUCAUCAUCAUUUCCAGAGGCAGUGUGAGCAGCUGGUUAGAACAAGGGAUGCCCUGUCGAGACUGAGGCAGUCCAUAGAUGAGGAGCUUCCCCUGGACUUCUGGACAGUUGACUUGAGGGAGGCAGCCCUGGCCCUUGGACAGAUCAGCGGCUCUGACAUCUCCGAAGAGGUGCUGUCCAAUAUCUUCAGCAAGUUCUGCAUCGGCAAAUGA